AUUUUGCGUUGGUCCUUGUAUCUGAGAUAGGUUUUCUCCUCUCUUGACGUCAGCUCAUCUAGCCCCCAGAGGCUUUUCGUAGCCGCAGCGGUUCCCCCAAGCGCUUAUGCCGGCUCCUGCUGCGCGAGCCUGAGCGGUGGCUCAGUCUCCGGUGGAGGCAGGGCCUUUUCUUCGUCCGCUGUGCGUCUCUCAGAAGCUGCCAAAGCAACCUUGUGUCUUUUUUUCCAGAAGAAAAAGCAUUUAUGCUGUUCUGGGAAACGGCCCUAGCGUUUCCCCAAACGGCGCCUCUUCUCACCUACCUGGCGACUGCUGUGCAUUCCGAGAGAUGGCUAAAGAGUGAAGUUUGACAAUUGAAGAAAAACGUCUGUUGCUUAAUGAUUGAUGUUGUGAACCAGUUAUCCAGACACUCUAGGAUAUGAAGAGAAAUCGAGAUCAGCCUCUUAAUUUAAAUUCAAAAGCUUCUCUGGCGUGAUCUGCUGAGCAAGAAGUGGAACGUUCCAGGAAAUAUCCCUGUUACAUUUACAUUAUGCCAGCCAUUAAUCGGACUCGUGUGUGGAAACUCAGGCACUUUGUCAUAUUAUGGAAGUAGUAUGUUUGUGGUUUGUUAUGUACGUGGCGUGGAACAGCUUAUAGGCAUGUGAUUGUUGGAAUUUAAUUGGCUUCGAGGUUCCUGCUGUUCUCUCGGAGGUCCUCUUUCUUGGGAUCCUUUCUAUUUCAUGAGAGGAAAAUUGAGGAUGGUGACUGGGUUACUGAUGGAUUUUUCUCAGCAUUUAGUGACCUUCGAGGAUGUUGCUGUGAACUUCACCCAGGAGGAGUGGACUUUGUUGGAUCAAACGCAGAGAGAUCUCUACAGAGAUGUGAUGUUGGAGAACUAUAAGAAUCUCAUUACAUUAGCAGGGUAUGAAUCAUGCAAACCCAGUGUCAGCUCUGGAUUGGAAAGAGCAGGAGAGCUGAAGACAGCAACUGGAGGAGUUUGGCAGGAAUUGGAUUUGCAACUCAAAACCAAAGUUUCCACACCUCUUCAAAAUAUUUCUGUGGAAAAAACAUCAAAUGGAAUACAGUUGGAGAAAAGCAAUGCUGGAGUGAAACAAUAUGGCUCUAACCUCUGUGGAAAAGUAUGUAGUGAACACUUAUUUCUUAAAACUCACAUUAGACAGAAAAUUUCUAAGGGUAAUCAGAGUGGAAAAGCCUUCAAAAAGAACUUCAUUCAUACUUUCAAAGAAAUCCAUGUUAGGGAGAAAACUUCUGAGUGCGUUCAACAUGAAAAAGCCUUCAGUCAGCUUUCAAAUCCUACUGGGCACAAGAAAACUCAGUCACGAGGGAAAUUGUAUGAAUGCAAAGAUUGUCAGAGAACCUUUGUUAAUCAGUCAUCACUUAAGGUACACGUGAGACACCACACUGGAGAUAAACCAUAUGAAUGUAAAGAAUGUGGGAAAGCCUUCACUCGAUCCACAGGACUUAUUUUACAUGUACGAAUUCAUGCUGGAGAAAAACCAUAUGUAUGUAAGGAAUGUGGGAAAGCCUUUAUUCAUUCCUCAUACCUUACAAAACAUAGAAGAAUUCACAGUGGAGAAAAGCCAUAUCAAUGUAAGGAUUGUGGGAAAAGUUUCACUCAUUCCUCAGGACUUGUCUUACACAUGCGUACACACACUGGAGAGAAACCCUAUGUAUGUAAGGAAUGUGGGAAAGCCUUUACUAAUUCUUCAAUGCUUAAUCAACAUGUAAGGACACACACCGGAGAGAAGCCAUAUGAAUGUAAGCAGUGUGGGAGAGCUUUCACUCAGUCAUCGGGCCUUACUACACAUUUAAGGACUCAUACUGGAGAGAAAGCUUAUGAAUGUAAAGAAUGUGGGAAAGCCUUUGCUCGUUCCACAAAUCUUAAUAUGCAUAUGCGAACGCACACAGGAGAAAAGCCAUAUGAAUGUAAAGAAUGUGAGAAAGCCUUUAGAUACUCCACAUGCCUUAAUAUUCACAUGCGAACUCACACUGGAGAGAAACCAUACAAAUGUAAGGAAUGUGGGAAAGCUUUCACUCAGUCUUCAGCACUUGCUAAACAUUUAAGAACUAAAGCAUGUGAAAAAGCCUAUAAAUGUUCUUCAGACCUUAGUAUUCACAUCUGAACUCAUCUGGACAAAGACCUUAUGAAAGUAAAGAAUAUUAAAACAUUUUAGUCAGUUUUCAUUCUUAUGUAAUAUGUGAGAACUUACUCAGGGCAGAAUUCCUAUUCAUAUAAAUAUGGAAGAGCCAUAAUUGUUCAUACGCUACAGAAUGUGUAAGAAAAACACUUGAGAGAAACAUUUUCUGAUUAUAAGAUAUCUGACAAAGACUUAAAAAAUUUUUUUAAAAUUUUGAUUGAAACGUUUUAUAUGUCUAAAAUUACUGUAAAAGCCAUGUGAAGGAUGACCUACAGCCUUAAACUAUUUAACAUGCUUUAAUAACACAUGAUAACUCACACUGGGGCAAAACCAUCUGUAUAUAAUGAAACCUUUACUUAGUUUUGAGGCCUUAGUAUCCACAUGAGACUUUGUACUGGCAUAAAACCUGUGAAUGUAGAAGAUGCAGGAAGAGCUACACUUUCUUCUCAUAUCUUUUAAGAACUCAACAUUUAAAAACUCACAGUGGAGAGGUGCCUUAUAUAUGUAAAUAAUAUGGAAAUUCAGAAAUUCCCGAAAGCUUCAUAUGCAAGAAGAUGCACAAAUGUAGAAAUAUUAAAAAUUGUUCAGCUGUUAAUGAAUAAGUCAUGAUAUACGGGGAGGGAAACCUUAUGAAGGUAAUAUAUAUGUAGGAAAGCUUCUGCCUCAGUGUGAACAUUCUUUGUCUCACAGAGGGAGAAAAUGUUAUGAAUGUUAGAAGUAUAGGAGUGUGUGUGUGUGUGUGUGUGUGUGUGUGUGUGUGGUUUAGCUUUCAACCUUUAGUAAAAUGGUAAUUCACACUGGAGAUAAAUUGAUUGUAGGGUACGUGGGAAAUGGUAUAUUCAUCUUAUAAAUUUUACACUAUACAUGAAAAUGCACCCUGGAAAGAAGCUUUAUGAAUAUAAAAGUGUGGGAAUAUUUUUUGGUAAAUACACAUCCCUUAGGAGACUUGUAAAAUGCUUUUUGGAGGAAUAAACUAUGAAUGUGAGGAAUUUUGGAAAGCUUUCAGGUAUUGUUUGUUCUUUGCUUGUACGCAAGAUGAUUCUUGAGGAGAAAUUAAAAUACAUAACAUGAAAAUGA